ACUGUCAGACAGCAGAUGCAAUCGGUUUAAUGAACAGCGAGUAGCUCCGUUUGCACUUCCCUGCUUAGCUCAGUCGAUAUCCAUUUCCCCACCUGUUUACCGACGCUGAAAGUCACAACAUGCUUUUUUUCGACGGAAGGUGACAAAUCUAACUGCAACGAGGAAAUGGCUUGGUUCCAUCAGGCUUUCCAAGGCUCAAGCCAACCAGAUGCUUCAAUGAUGCCUCAAAUGGCAGAAGAUCCAUCCCAAACACAAGUCUCCAACUACACAACUACACAGUUAGGAAUGUCUGAUAGACAAGGUUGGUCAAACCUUCCUCCAGUCCCCAUCACAAACUUUCCCUCUGUCUCAGGGGGCAUGGUACCCCAACGUUUGGAAGAACUGUCCUGCACAUCCCUCAACAUGGGGGCAAGAGUAGACCCCAUGCCAUUGUCGUAUGUGACACUUCAGGAGCAGCGAUGUGCGCUCAGUUGGUUUUUGGGAUGGAAUCCUGCUCAGAAGGAACGCUUUCUGGAAGAUUUGAUCUCAAAGGCUGUGCCUGGAAAGGUCUCCAGUUUAUUGGAUCAGCUCAACACAUUACAGGUGAAUGAUCGCCCACCCAACAUUUUUGAAUGCCAGUUAAGGCUGUGGACACAGUGGUUCGAGUCAUGGAGUGAAGAGGAAAGAAAUGCCUUUUUAAACAGUUUAGAGGAGAAGGACCCUGUCUUUGUUGCUUACUUCUAUAGCCGGGUUGCUGGAACAGCAGGCAGAGAUUAGAAAAGGCCCACUCUUCAAAGGGAAAUUGAAAUCCAGUCUUCUAUAGACUGUUAUACUGGUGUAGGCUAUUUGAACAUCUAUGCACCUAAGAUAUUCUUCCUUAGUUCAAGGAGGAACUGUUGACACUUAAAGGAAUAUUCAGGGUCCAAUGCAAGUUAUGAUCAAUCAACAGCAUUUGUGGCAUAAUGCUGAUUACUUGUCAUUCCUUUAAAAAAAACAAAAGCAGCAAAAAUCUGGGAUACAGUGAAAAAAAUCACAAUAAAAAGUGAAUGACAAUCCAUAAAGGUUCAAAAUCUUACUGUUCCAUAUGUAUAGUCACAAGACAUACACAAAAUGAGUGUUAACAUGAUUAUAGUGUGAUAAAUUCACUUACUAAACUUUUCUGUGUAAAGUCAUAGCCAAUUUCUUUAACACUAUAAACCCUAAUAUGACCGUGUUAAUGACAGUUUAAACAACUUUACAGCUAAAAUAAUGCAUGUGUUUACAGAAUUAAAGAAAGUGCUUUUAUAAAAUUAUACGUUUCACAUUUCUGCAUUUAAACCCUCGCUUCCAUUUUAAGAGCCUCACUGAAACCUAAAUUUUUGCUCAUAAAGACAAGGAGGGACAAGUAGAAAAUAUUGUUUGUGGUAUUUAACGUUAUGCCACAAAUGCUGUCAAUUGAGCAUAACUUGUGUUAAACCCUGAAUAUUCCAUGAAGAAUUUCUAAAUUGAAAGCAAUUUCUUAAACUCUUGUCAAUGGAGAAUAAACCUAAAAUAUUUUUGUGUUCUAAGAUGAAAAUAAAAAUGUAAAUGUUUUCCACACUUUAUUUGUGGUUC